UUUUUUUCUUCUUCUCAAUUCAUAUUCCCUCCGAUGAGGUGUAAGAGACACACCGUAGAUUUCAGCAGCAGCACCAACGGCGUUUGCGCUUCUUGCCUCCGUGAACGUCUCCUCUCCCUCGCCGCUUCCGCCGCCGUUACAGCCGCCAUUGAAGACAACAAUCGUAGUAACCAAUCACGCAAAUCUAAUAAUCCUCCUCCUCCUCCGCUUUUAAUCUUCCCUCGCUCUGUUUCUCCUUACGUAACCCGUAGAAAAUCCGACGCCGGAACCGGAACCGGAGAAGUAAAAGAUGAUCCUUUAACAACAUCUUCUAAUCGGAGAUUCAUCACAACCCCUCAGGUAGAUCUCGCCGGCUACUCAUGCAAAGACUUCGAAUCGAACCGAUCUCAUAAAUCAAAAAAAUCGUCUAGAUUCUCUAAUCUAUUCAGAGCUAGAUCUGAAGAUUUCGAUUCGAAUCCUAAAUCGAGCAAUCCUAGAUUCUCUAGCGACGCGUCUGAGUCUUCGUCGUCUUCUUCACGUUCAUGGAUCUCGAAAAUUCUCUCCACCGGUCGCCGGAAAAAGCAACCGUGUUAUAUCGAAGACGUGAUCGCAGGUCGUAGACCUCAGCGUAUAUACUGUAGAGGAAUGUCACCUGCGAGAGAUACGGAGCCGGAAGCGGAAUCGUUAGAGGAAUUGAGAAGCACACCGGCGACGACGACGACGAAAACUCCGGGAAGGAGGAAGGUUGGGAAUGGGAUAGGGAAGAAGAGUAUGUCCGGGAUGGCUUUUUGUUUGAGUCCGUUGGUGAGAGCUAGUCCUAACUGUCCGUUUAAACGGAGAAUGAGAUUCCCGUCGGAGUUUGGUAAUUCCGGUUCCGGCGAGGUUACUACGGAGCAGGAGAAGCCUCAUAUAUCUGCAGCGGCGUCGUUUUGCGCAAAUAGAUCGAAGAAGCUUGUGGAUUUAGGUAGAGUUGAUCGCCGCCGUUGAGUUCGUUCGGUUUGGUGGUUUAGUCUUUGGUCAACGUAUUUGUUUGACUUGUGGAUGGAUAGUAAAAAAUUAAGUUACCGCUCGUUCGUUUGGCUUUUUUCUAAAGAUGGAAUUUUCCAAAAUCAAGCUUUUUAUUUGGCUUGGGGUGAGAAAUAAUCAGAAUGGAACAUAGUUUGUAAUUUGUAACUACCACCUUGUAACGUUUUGUUUCUGAUUGUAAUUGUAGAGUUUGAUGGGCUAAAUAUUUUGGUUCAGACAAGCAAUG